AUGACACUGAAAGUUGGUUACAUUGGGCUUGGCCUCAUGGGGAGGUCGAUGGCUGCCAACAUUCUCAAGGCCGGGUUCCCGCUGACAGUGUUUAACCGCACCAGUUCAAAAAUGGAGGAAUUGGUGCGGCAGGGCGCGCAGGCCGCCGCCUCCCCGGCUGACCUCGCGUCGAAGGUGGACAUCGUCAUCACGAACGUCUCCGACUCUCCCGAUGUAUACGAGCUGGUGUUCGGCAAGGCUGGCAUCUACUUGGGCGUUCGCCCGGGAUCUAUUUUGAUUGACAACAGCACAAUCAAGCCGUCCACUGCCCGAGAGAUUGCGGAGAGGAUGUGGAAGGAAAAGAAGGUGCGCUGCCUCGACGCUCCCGUCUCUGGCGGCGACAUUGGCGCCAAGAACGGCACUCUUACCAUCAUGGUUGGUGGUGACGAAGAGGCGAUGCAAAGGGCCAUGCCAGUGCUGCAGGCGAUGGGCAAGCAGAUCACAUACAUUGGCGCCAGUGGAGCCGGUCAGGUGUGCAAGGCCGUUAACCAGAUCAUGGUGGCGGCGCAGAUGGUGGCCAUGGGCGAAAUGCUUGUCUUUGCAGAGAAGUGUGACGUGGAUGCUGAGCGAGUUAUAGAGGCGGUCAAGGGUGGGGCCGCGCAGUGCUGGACGCUUGACGUGAAACCCCAGCGUCUUUUCGCCGGCAACCGCGAGCCCGGCUUUAAGGCCGCGCUCCAGAGCAAGGACCUCGGCAUUGUGAUGGACACCGCCAAGGAGUUCGGGGCACCGCUUCCAAGCACCGCCGUUAACGCGCAGCUGUUCCAGUCGAUGGUGCAGAACGGCGAGGGCGACAAGGACAACUCCGCGGUGGUCGGUGUUCUGGAACGCCUGGCAAAUUGCCACCUCAAGGAGAAGGCGAACACCAACUGA